AUGACGCUACUCGUCCUUGAGGUUGCCCAAAUCAUCCCAUACACGGGCUCGGACUCUGUUGCAAUCCCGUUGACGUUUUUCGAUCUACCGUGGCUACUGGUCCAUCCAUUCAAACAAGUCUUCUUCUACAGACACACCGCGUCGACUCGUGAGCAUUUCCACUCUUUUAUCCUCCCUAAACUCAAAUCCUCUCUUUCGCUUGUCCUCAGCAGCUACCUCCCUCUCUCCGGUUGCAUCAUCUGGAACCCAAAUGAGCUCAAACCGAGCAUCGUCGUCUCCCAAAACGACGCCGUUUUAGUGACAAUCGCCGAGACUGACUCUGAUUUCUCUCAUCUUUCCGGCUACGGACAACGUCCAGCCUCCGAGUUACACAGUUUGACACCCAAGUUACCGUUUUCCGAUGACUCAGCAGCCGUUUUCUCUCUGCAAAUCACCUUGUUCCCGAACCAAGGCUUCUCCAUUGGCUUCGCUGCACACCACGCCGUUUUAGACGGAAAAACGGCAAGCAUGUUCAUCAAAGAUUGGGCUCACUCAUGCAAACAACAACACAUCGAAAACAACACAAACAUCUUCUCUCUACCUCCUCCGUCUCUUGAUCGCUCGUCGUUGCUCAAUGAUGUAACCGCCGGAAUCGAUGAACAAAUGAUCGAGAUUGUUAGAUCUCACAGAGAAGACAAAUCCAGAAGCCUUAAUCGGAAUAUCGCCGGAGAAAUCGGAGACGACGACGUCGUCCUCGCCACGCUCGUACUGUCUGGCGAUGACGUCGAGAGACUCCGUGAACGAUGCAGGAGGAGGAGCCGAGAUGAUGAUCUUCACUUGUCGGCUUUCGUAAUCGCAUACGCAUACGCGUGGAUCUGCUUCGUGAAGGCGCGUGGAGGAAACGGAGAGCGAUUAGUGAGUUUACUUGUCGGAGCAGAUUUCAGAAACCGGUUAGAUCCGCCGCUUCCGGCGAAUUACUUCGGAAACUGCUUAUAUUCGGUGGGUUGUUACAAACGGAAAGCGGCGGAUUUCGCCGACGGAGAGAAAGGAUUCGUAACGGCGGUUGAGAUAAUCAGCGAUCUGGUGAAAAGCUUGAGUUCACCAUCACCAGGGAUGAUGAUAGAGACGAUCGCACAAGGAUACGCGAUUGGGUUCGAUUCCAUAGGUGAGAGCUCACAGGUUGGGACAGUAGCAAUGUCGAAUAAGUUUGGAGUAUACGAGUCGGAUUUCGGGUGGGGAAGACCCGUUAAGGUUGAUUUUGUGUCCAUUAGAGGAGAAGGAAUUGCAAUGGCCGAGACACGUGACCAAUCAGGUGGCGCUGAGAUCGGAAUUUGUAUGAACAAGACUGAUUUCCACUUAGUCUUUUCGUUUUUCAAUAAUGGUUUGCAGCAAAACUAA